AUGGGAGAACGACGAAUUGACGUAAAUAGAAGUAACAAAAGUGUUGUGGACUCAGAAUUUGAUUCAAUGCGCGAUCGUUUUGAAAAUGAAAUGCGCCGUGUUGACGAAGAAAUGCAGCGUUUACGUCAAGAAUUUGAUGGUUAUCGUCCAGCAGGGUCGCGCACUUCUCCACUUCUACAACAACGUCUAGGCAGUACUUACAGUACUUCUUCACCAGCCACCGGUGGCACUCUACUCUCGUCUCGUCCAAUUUACGAUCCUUACUUCGAUAAUUUGAAAAGUCCGCUUAUUAGAGACGAAAGUGAUGGAAAAUCUUUGAGACUUCGGUUUUUUUAA